CGCGCCGACUUCCGCCCGCCGCGAAUGGAGGCCCUUCUGCCGCCGGCGGCUGUCUUGCCGAGGAAGCCCCGGGGCGGCGGCGGCGGGGGCGAUGCUGGCGCUGGGGCUGCUGUGGCGGGCGCUCGGUAGCGCGGGCUAUGCGGACGCGGCGCGCGGGGGCGGGGGCGAGAGCGGGCGGGCCGCCGCCAUGGCGCAGGAGCAGGAGCGGGCGCUGGAGGUCUACGAUCUCAUCCGCACCAUCCGCGACCCCGAGAAGCCGAACACGCUGGAGGAGCUGGAGGUGGUGAGCGAGAGCGGCGUGGAGGUGGCCGAGAUCGGGCCGGGGGAGAGCCUGAUCACCAUCCGGUUCACGCCCACCGUGCCCCACUGCUCGCUGGCCACGCUCAUCGGUAGGACUCCCCCUCGGGCGCUUGGGGGCAUCCAGAGCAGCCCAGGCCCCUCCAAGGGGCCAAGGCCAGACCCCACGGGGGAGCCUCGCCUUUCUGUCCCUGCCUUAAAUCCUGGCUUCUCAUCGAAGGAUGAACCACCUGGGGGGUUUGG